AUGGCGACUGGUAAUUUUCGGUUACCGCCUCAACUCGAUAUAAAUUCUGGAAAUGUCUCGGAAAACUACAAGCGAUGGCGACGACAAGUCGAAAUCUAUUUAGCCGCAUCUGGAGCUACUGAAAAGGAGGGGAACAAGCAGACCGCAAUCAUCUUGAUUUGUGCAGGCCCGGAAGUCUUAGAAGUAUACGAGAAUCUCACAUGGGCAAAAGAAGAGGACAAAAAUAACCCUAACGCUGUCCUCGACGCUCUUGAGAAAUAUUGCAAUCCACGUGACAACGAAGUCAUGGAAUCUCACAGAUUUUUGAAGAUCGAGUACCAAGAGCCGUUUGACAAAUUUUAUACCGAACUUCAAACACGAAUCACCGCUUGCAAUUUCGCCGAGAAGGACCGUAUGUUGAGAGACAAGAUCGUGUUCACAGUCUCCGGAAAACUACAAGAACUGCUACUCAGGGAAGAUGCCCUCACUCUCGAAAAAACUUUAAAAAUAUGCAGAGCCUUCGAGCAAUCGAACAAGCAAGUUAGAGAACUCAAAAACAACUCUAGCAGCGCAAGUACAACGAAUUCUUCAUCUAACUUAAAUAAAAUCUCAAAGAAACCCAAGUCAAGGUCACGUGAUACUCGACAAAGAUCAAGCUCCGAAAGCAUGUCAAAGUCAGGUACUGACAGUUUGCAAUUCAAUUGUAAAUAUUGUGGAUAUAAGCAUGAAAGGAAGCGAGACAAAUGCCCAGCCUGGGGUAAAACAUGUGACAAUUGCAAGGGACGUAACCACUUCAAAUCCAAAUGUACAAAGAAAUUACAUGCUGUUGUAUCUCAAUGUGACAGUGAUCUCGACGACGAUCCCGAUGAUAAAUGGCUCAUGACUAUCGGUGAUGAUGGAAAAGGAAUCACUGCAAAUCUCUCUAUAAAUUAUCAUCUCACAACAUUUCAACUUGACAGUGCUGCUGAUGUCAACAUAAUUUGUCAAAACACGUCAGAAAGCAACAAAUAUCUCCAACAAAGGUUCGUCUGA